AUGAGACGUCUUUUUCCAUCCGCUUUAACUAAUUACGAUUCACUUCUUGAAGCUGAACCAGAUAUAGUUGCUCUGAUCGAAUUAACACCUACGGAUGAGAUCUUCACGGAUAAAUUUGGAUGUGCAUUAUCGGAAACGAUUCGUAACAGAAAUGAUAUUAUAUUUACAGUUAAUUCAAUGGAAAAUAUGCUUUUUACUACAAGAAAUGGCAAUGAUAGUGAUGGUUUUCCGACGGAUGAAACCAAAACAGAAGAGAUCUUUUUAAAACAACCUCCAUAUCGUCUUUAUUCAAGUCAAAUUAUUUCAUCAUCUCUUAAGUCAAAUCCGUCAAAUAUAAUCUAUAGUUCUCAAAAAGUAGCUGAUAUUUUACAAAAACCAUCUGAUUGUUUACAAGUAUUUGAUGAUUAUUUAACUGAUAAUGAAUAUAAUAAUUUUUUAAAAGAAAUUGAUGGAUAUAUGAAACGUAAACGUUAUGAAUAUUCACAUUGGGAUAACGCUAUUCAUGGUUAUCGUGAAUCUGAAAGAUCUGAAUGGACACAAGAAAAUCAACAAGUUUUAUCUCGUAUUCGUCAACUUGCUUUUGAUGAUCCAACACAAACACUUAUGCAUGUUCAUGUACUUGAUAUAGCUAAAGAUGGAUAUAUUAAACCACAUAUUGAUGCUAUUCGAUAUUGUGGAACAACUAUUGCUGGUUUAUCAUUACUUUCGUCAUGUGUAAUGAGAUUUGUUCAUAAAGAUGAUAAAACACUUUUUGUUGAUGUGCUUCUCAAACCAAAAUCGCUUUAUAUUAUGAAAAAUAUCGUUCGAUUUGACUUUACACAUGAAGUUCCCAAAGAUCAAGAAUCUUAUUUUAAUAAUAUCCAUAUACCACGAAAUCGUCGUAUAUCAAUUAUUUGUCGAAAUAUGCCAGUUGAUCCAUCUGCGGGCUAA